CACGCAACGAACAAUGGCAGUGGAGCCGCAGCGCACUUUAACCGACUUACCCUUCGAGGUCCUCGAUCUGAUAUUCAAAGCUCUGGCAUUUAAGUCACCAAGCCAUUGGAGAAACUACACCGACUGCCAUUACUCUAACGACAAGCUCAGCUUGGCCGAAACCUGUGAAUAUCUGGGCAAGGCUUUUGCCUAUCAUAGUCGCCGUAUAUACAAGAAGGCCAUGUAUGAUAGUUCCUAUACAUCGAACGAAGCCUGGCCUGUGAUACUCUCACUUUGUGGUUCGACUGUAGAGGAAUAUGUCGGAUCUCCGGGUUGCUAUUGGAGCGCUGAGAUGGCCAAAGCAGUGGCAGAGUAUUGCCCCAAUUUGCAAAAGGUCAGGUUCCAAGUGUAUUCUGAUAAUGGUGACCUUGUUCUAGCCGUGAUACACAAGGCCAAAAAUUCCAUCAAAAGCCUGAGCUUUGGAUAUUUCUUUAAUAAGUCCUCGAGAACAGGUCCGGGUAUAAUGCACAAAAUACCAGAGUUGUUCCAACUGAGUAGCUUAAAAAUGUCUCCAUUUCUUUUUAAUGAAGCUUACGAGAUACAAAGAUUUGUGAACAUAGAAGAGUUGUACUUGUCUCCGCCUUAUUCCCGAGAUCUCAAGCCAUUAAAUCUUUUCAAGGCCUGUGCUCCCCUAAAGAAACUCCGCAGGCUGACGGUAAAAUGUGUACAUGUAAUAUCUGAGACAGAUGAAAUUGAAGAAAUUCCAGAAUUUCCCGCUCUUGAGCACUUCAAACUGUCGUGUUCUACUAUUUCAAUGGAAUUUCCCAGAUGUCCAAAGCUAAAGAUCCUUGAUAUAGCGUACGACAAGUGUUAUAUUGAAGGUUUAAUCUGUAGAUCGGUUCUAAAACAGGGCGAAGAUUUGAAAAAAUUAACCGCUGAGAGCCGACCAUCUCAAUUCGAUAAUGAUAGUCUUUUGGAAGUGAUUCGAAAGUUUAAAAAACUUCGAUACUUUGAUGUACCGAUACGAAAAAUUAAAUUUGAUCUGGAGUUUGUGGAAAAACUAAUGAGUGCUUUAAAGGAAAAUGGUAUAACUGAGGAGGAUCCCCUGGAGCUAUUAUUUGAUGAAAUUAAUGGCAAAGGUGAAUCAUUGUUCCUUAAAACCAACCCAUCGGAUGAGUAA